AUGAUCAAAACAGAAAAUGCAGUUUCUGACUUCUGUCCUUCUUUUGAUGCGUGUUUUACAGAUCCGGCGCAUAACGCAGAGACCCCAGAAAACCUGGCCCUUCCGACUCCAGGUUGCCCAAUACUCAUAGCCAUACCUGCUCUAGGAAACAACCUUUGGAUCCAGCCUCCUUUUCCCCACCUGCCUGCUCACUUGAUCCAAGGCAAUGCCAGCCUGCAGAGUUUUGUCCCUCCAGGAGUGUCGCACCUCCAAACCAUCCAUGGGGAGCAACUGCAGUUGGCCAACCUGACAGCCUGCAAUCCUCACGUCUCUACCUUUCCCCAGCCUUUCUACCCCCUCUGCCACCUCCAUAUCAAGCUCUUCCUGGCACUGGCCCUGUGCAGAAGAUCCCCAGGCCCUCCUACCCCCAACAUCGGCUCUCAGGUCAUUCAGAGGCAACGCCUUGGGCACAGACCGCCUCUGAUGUGGGCGUUCAGCUUGGACAGAGGUGGCCACUCAAGCAUCCUAGCAGCCAACCAGCCUCUUUGCAAGAGGUCAGAGCCCCUGAAGAGGAACCACAGAAGGCCCAGACUUACCAUCUUCCGGGAUCUCUUGAUCAGCCAAGGAGCAUCCAUCAGUUUGUGGGCUCCCCUUUGGCUCCUUCUUCAUCGUUACACUAUGAUUUGGAGGACACCUCACCUUUUCCAGUGGUGGAAGUGGGCCAAGCUCCAGGAGGACACCCAUCAGGUGCCAGUCCGAAGACUGAGGUCCCACAGACCUCUCAAGGGCAAGAAGCAUCAGAGCGAUCCUAGCAAAAAGUUUGGGCUGAAUGGUGAGUUCCAAAGCAUUGCAGAUGGGAAGACUGUCCCCGACCGAGAGGGGUUUCUUUGGAAGAUUGUAGAUUCCCUCUUCUAUUACCGUGAACCAGGAAUGAAGUUGCUAGUUGGAGAAUGGUCUGCAGAGAUUGAAGACAAUAAUAUUCCCAUUCCUCAUAGCAGAGCAGGGGCAAACAGGGUGGUAGGAGAAGUAUGGGAGCCUAAAAGUAGCUCACAUUUUGUCUGA